GGCUGGAUAAUAAGAAGGGUUGAACUUCGAGAACGAAGCCCAUCACCUAAAGAUUGUAAGAAAAUGAUAUUUGACGGUAUGUCUGUAACUGCGAAGUCAUCGCUGCUGCUUCGUUUCCUCUCCCUCUCUUCUUCGGAAGGGUCAAUCUGAAUUUCAGUUCUGUAUGUCUUUUGGGGGACUGGUGAGGUGUUGGAGGGUUUAUUAGCUCAACAUUUUAAUUUGGUCAAGCUGCUCCUAAAGCUGUCAAAUUGAAUGUAGCUUGGUUGUAUUUGCACUUGGCCAUAGCACUCGCUCUAAGGUUUGAGAUCCGAAUCUUUGAUGGACUGCAAUAAAGAAGAGGCCUUAAGGGCAAAGGACAUGGCCGAAAAGAAGAUGGAAAACAGGGAUUUUGUCGGGGCUCGUAAACUUGCUCUUAAGGCUCAGCAGCUGUACCCUGAUUUGGAAAAUAUAAGUCAAAUGCUUGUUGUAUGUGAUGUGCACUGCUCUGCUGAGCAGAAAUUCUUUGGUAAUGAGAUGGAUUGGUAUGGAAUUCUUCAGCUUGAACAGACAGCUGGUGAUGCAGUGAUUAAGAAGCAAUAUCGGAAGUUUGCUCUACAACUUCAUCCUGACAAAAACAAGUUUGCUGGUGCAGAAGCUGCAUUUAAGCUGAUUGGAGAAGCUCAAAGAGUGCUUUUGGACAGAGAAAAACGGUCUCUUUUUGACAUGAAGCGUAGAGUCCCAAUGAGCAAACCUGCCACAUCACGUUUUAAAUCUGAAAUGAGAAGCAAUGUUAGGCCCAACUUUACAAGCUCAAAUGUUCGACAGCAGCAGCAGCAACCUAGGCAGCCAGUGCAGCAGCAGCAGCAAAAUGGUGGCCGCUCUACGUUUUGGACUGUCUGCCCAUUUUGUUCUGUUAAGUAUCAAUAUUACAGAGAAGUUUUAAAUAGGUCUCUUCGUUGUCAACAUUGCCAUAGGCCCUUUGUUGCAUAUGAUAUAGGUAUGCAGGGUACAUCAUCACCAGCAACUAAUUCAACUCAGGAAGCUUCUGUACAGCAGAAAGAUGGUGCUGAGAAGCCCAAUAAAGGGCCUUGCAAGAAAAAAGGUCCUACUAAUGUCUCUGGAAAACCAAAUAGAAAGAGAAAGCAGGUGGGAGAAUCCAGUGAAAAUUCUGAUUCUGAAGGAGAUGCAGUUGCAGGCAAGGAUGGUUUUUCUGGUGUUGAAAAGUGUUCAACUUAUAGAGAAGAGCAUCCACGCAGAUCUACAAGGCAAAAGCAUAAAGUUUCUUACAGGGAGAAUGUUAGUUACAAUGAUGAUGGCUUAUUGAGACCUUCAAAAAGGGGUCUUGAGAGUGGACCACCUUGUGGUGAUGGUGACACUACUGGUGGGGCAACUAAAAUGAAUGAUCAGAAUGGUUUAGCUGCUGAUCUAAAAGAUGAAAAUAAAGAGUUAAAACAGAAGCAACACUUAAAUCCUGAAGAGAACUUAAGAAAUAACAAUGAGGAAACUAACACAGUUAGGGGGAAAGAUGCAGUGGGAGGGUCAAAGCAAAUGAGUGAAACUUCGGAGCAUACUCCAGAUUCAACCGCCAAAGCAACAAAUCAUCCAAAUGUUUAUGUCUAUCCUGAUGCAGAGUUCAGUGACUUUGACAAGGAUAGGAAAAAAGAAUGUUUUGCGGCUGGGCAGAUUUGGGCUAUUUAUGACACAACAGAUGGCAUGCCUAGAUUCUAUGCUUUAAUCAGAAAAGUUUUGUCUUCUAGAUUCAAGCUGCAGAUAACAUGGUUUGUAUCACAUCCAGAUUGCAACGAUGAAAUCAACUGGGUAAAUAAGGAAUUGCCUGUUGCUUGUGGGAAAUAUAAACUUGAUAUGGCUGACAUCACUGAAGAUCAUCUGAUGUUCUCUCAUCUGGUUUUGUGUAAAAAGAUUGGCCGCAAUACCUUUAAAUUGUAUCCUAGAAAGGGGGAAACUUGGGCCCUUUUUAAGAAUUGGGAUAUCAAGUGGUACAUGGAUGUGGAAUCUCAUGGGCAGUAUGAAUACGAGUUUGUUGAAAUCUUGUCAGAUUUUGUUGAAGGUGAGGGUGUAUAUGUUGCGUAUUUGGCUAAAUUGAAAGGUUUUAUAAGUAUCUUCUUUCAAAUUUUGAAGGAAGAUAAACAAUCAUUUCUAAUCCCAUCACUAGAAUUAUUUAGAUUCUCUCACAGGGUUCCAUCUUUCAAAAUGACUGGUCAGGAAGGAGUUAACAUUCCAAUAGGAUCUUAUGAACUUGAUCCUGCAGCUUUACCAAUGAAUCUUGAAGAGAUUUCUAUUCCUGAAAAUUUGGAUGUGAAGACAUCUAGCGGUGAGUAUGCAAGGUCUUCAGAUAAAUCAGAACCCAUGAUGACAUGUGGGGGAGAUGUAUCUAUUCCCAAUGUCAAUCUGGAAGGAAGCAAUUUGGCGGAGGAGAACAAGAAUUCAGUUGAUGACACUGCUGAUUGCCGUGCUCCUCCAGCAUGGACCUCUGGAAGAAUUCAAAUUCCAGAUACACGAUUCUUCAAUUUUGAUGCUGGGAGGUCCCGUGAAAAGUUUCAGAUAGGUCAGAUUUGGGCAUUUUACAGUGAUGAGGACGGAUUGCCAAAAUAUUAUGGUCAGAUUAGUAAGAUUGAGACAAGCCCAGAUUUUAAAUUGCAUGUCUAUUGGCUUACUUGCUGCUGGCUAUCGGAGGAUACCAUUAAAUGGGAAGACAAAGAUAUGCUUAUCUCCUGUGGUAGAUUUAAAGUUAAUAAAAAGGCAAAAUUUCUGAGUGUUUAUAGUGACACCUCUUCUGUUUCACAUCAAGUGCAGGCUGAUACUGUUGGUAAGAAUAGGAAUUAUGUCAUCUUUCCGAAGAAAGGUGAAGUUUGGGCAUUAUAUAGAAAAUGGUCAAAUAAAAUCAAAUGUUCUGACUUGAAAAAUUGGGAGUAUGACAUAGUGGAAGUUCUUGAAGAAGCUGAUCUGUACAUAAAUGUUUUAGUUCUGGAGUUUGUUAGUGGUUUUAGUUCAGUUUUCAGGGGCAAAUCAAAUGAAGGAUCAUAUGUCAACCUGAGAAUACCCAGAAAAGAGUUGCUUAGGUUCUCCCACCAAAUCCCAGCUUUCAAGCUGACAGAAGAGCACGACCAUCUAAAAGACUCUUGGGAACUUGAUCCAGGUGCGCUAACAAUUAAUUAUUACGGCUUGAGAUGAAAGGGGCGCCCGGUGACUGAAUAUCCCCGGUUAGCCUGAGAGCCAAAUUUGUGAAUCUGAUGGCAUUUUUGGAAAGACAGGUUUUGGCAACAAGAUGAAACUACAGUAUCUGUGCCAGUGCAGUUGGUAUCACGGCACCUCAGGGGUAGCAUUUUUGUAUUGUUAGUGGUAGAUUACCAAUUAUUACUAAAGGAAGUGAGGUUUACCAUGAACCCAUUUCAUACGGGUGCAUUCACUUUACAUAUGAAAGUCAACUUAUCACUUUUUUUCCUACGUAACUUCCUAGUAGAAAAGACUGACUUCCUUACGUAGUUUGCAGGAACUUGAUGUGAAGUAAAAUCCAAAAGCGACCUAAUUGUUUUU